CCUUAUCUGUCUCUUGCUUAAUAUAUUCAGUAUUCUUCUUGAUCUUCCUUCUUUUUCCUUCUCCCUGUCUCACAUUCUCUCUUUUCUCAUGUCUUCUCCAGCUCUCCCUCUCCUCCUCACCCUAAUACUUGCAAUCCUCAGCUCAACUUCAGCGUCGACUGAGUUCAUCUUCAACACUAACUUCAACUCCACCAACCUUCUCCUCUUUGGCAAUGCCACCAUCAACUCCUCGAUCCUCGGCAUCACUGAUGAGACCUCCUUCUCCAUAGGCCGUGCCUUGUACCCUUCCAAAAUCCCCACAAAACCCACCGACUCCUCCACUCCCCUCCCCUUCUCAACCUCCUUCAUCUUCUCCAUUGCACAAGUCAAGAACCUCCUCCCUGGCCAUGGCUUUGUAUUUCUAUUCACACCCUCUACAGGCAUAAACGGCACAAGCUCAUCUCAGCAUCUGGGUCUUUUCAACUUAACCAAUGAUGGUAAUCCCAACAACCAUGUCUUUGGUAUCGAGUUCGAUGUGUUUAAGAAUCAAGAAUUCAAUGAUAUCAAUGGUAAUCAUGUCGGUGUGGUCGUGAACUCGCUUACCUCUUUGGCUUCAUAUACAGCAGGGUUUUGGAGGGGGGAAGAUGAUGAGAAGUUUGAUGAGCUGAAGCUUAAUAAUGGGGAGAAUUAUCAAGUGUGGAUCGACUUUUUUGAGUCACGUAUAAAUGUUACCAUGGCUGUGGCAGGCAUGAAAAGGCCUCGGAGGCCUUUGAUAAGUGAGUUUGUUAAUCUCUCUACUGUUCUUUUGGAUGACAUGUAUGCAGGGUUUUGCGCAGCAACAGGACAAUUGGUUGAGAGUCAUAAGAUAUUGGCUUGGAGCUUUAGUAAUUCAAAUUUUUCUAUUGGUGAUGCUUUGUUAACGACGAAUUUGCCUUCGUUUGUGCCUGCAAAAGGGUCGGUUUUUCGAUCGAAAGGGUUUAUUGUGGGGGUUAGUGUUGGUAGUAUUUUUGUAGUUGGUUGUGGGGUUUUAGUAUUUGUGAUUUUGUAUGAGAGGAAGAGAAGAAAAGGGAAGAUAGGGGAAGGAAUUGAAGAUUGGGAAAUGGAGUAUUGGCCUCAUCGAAUCAAUUACCAAGAGAUUUACGCCGCCACCAAAGGCUUUUCUGAAGAAAAUGUCAUCGGCCUUGGAGGGAAUGGGAAGGUCUACAGAGGGUUUUUGCAGGGAGCAGAAGUUGCAGUGAAGAGAAUCCCUUGGGAGAAUGAAAAUGGGAUGAGGGAGUUUUUAGCUGAAAUUUCAAGCUUAGGGAGAUUGAAGCAGAGGAACUUGGUAGGAUUGAGAGGUUGGUCCAAGAAUGAGAAAAGCAGCUUGAUUUUGGUCUACGAUUAUAUGGAAAAUGGAAGUUUGGACAAGAGGAUUUUUGAAUGUGAUGAAAGUCUGCUGUUGAGUUGGCAGGAAAGGUUGAAGGUUUUGAAAGAUGUGGCUUGCGGUAUAACCUAUUUGCAUGAGGGUUGGGAAGCUAAAGUCUUGCAUAGAGACAUCAAGGCAAGCAAUGUGCUGCUUGAUAAGGAUAUGAAUGCUAGAUUAGGCGAUUUUGGACUAGCUCGAAUGCACUGUCACGGGCGGUCGGUUGACACUACAAGAGUGGUCGGGACCGUGGGGUACAUGGCACCGGAAGUGGUUAGAACCGGCCGAUCAUCGACUCAAACAGAUGUGUUUGGUUUUGGGAUAUUGGCUCUAGAGGUGGUGUGUGGGAAAAGACCAAUUGAAGAAGGGAAACCAGGCUUGGUUGAUAGGGUAUGGAGGCUAAUGGAGACAGGAGAAUUGCAUAGUGCUGUAGAUGAGCGGUUGAAGAACAUGGACGGUUAUAGCAUUGAGGAAGUUGAGAGGGUGCUGCAUUUGGGUUUGUUGUGUGCGUAUCCGGACCCUCGCGAAAGGCCUACAAUAAGACAGGUUUUGAGGGUGUUGGAUGGAGCAAACGAGGGGGCUGAGUCUGAAGGGGAUGCAACAGAGGCGGCGAAUUUGCUUGACAGAAUUAGAACAACUGCAAUGUGGUCUAAUUUUAACCAGAACAUUGGUGGCAGGCAUCCUACGUUUGAUGAAAUUCUCAGGUCCGUUUCUUGGUCUGCUACACAGUCUGAUUCAGACGUCAUCCUAGCAGGCCGAUGAAAAUAUCCGGCAGACGCUCUAAAACCUUCGUAUCGUGUAUAUUUAGUUAGUAUAAAAUAAAAAAUCACAUCCAGCAGCU